AUGGAAUCACUUAAUUUAUGUGUGAAUUUGAUAUUUAUUCCUCCCGAGCGUUUCAAGAGCAGUUCGCCAGCCCACUGGUGUGCCAGCAGCUGUGCUAAGGGAAGCUAUAGGCUGAACAAAGUGGAUAUCACUAGCAGUAGGCUUACAGUGUCAUUACCAUCAGCAAUGACGGAUACUGAGAAGAGUCCAGGCUCCUACCCUGAUCUUACAACUCAUCCAUUCCUUGACUGUAUUAUGAGUUCAGGAAGGGGGCGAAACACCUUGAAUUGA